AAGCCUCUCCAGAACAUAGCACAAGCCAACCAAACACCGCACGAUUUCGUAUCCACACAUACUUCUACGUGAUUUCGUUUCGACGAUCUCGAGGCGCCGCGGCGUGACGUGACGUCGACGACAACCAUGGCAGGCGGUGGCGGCAAGUCCGUAGCGGCGGCGCUGGCCAUGGCCUGCUUCCUCCUCAUCCUCGCCGCCUUCGCUCCCCCGGCGGCGGCGGCGCCGCCGGACAUCAUGUCGAUCAUCAGGUACAACGCGGAGCACGGGGUGCGGGGGCUGGAGCGGACGGAGGCCGAGGCGCGCGCCGCGUACGACCUGUGGUUGGCGCGGCACCGGCGCGGCGGCGGCGGCGGCUCGCGCAACGGGUUCAUCGGCGAGCACGAGCGCCGGUUCCGCGUGUUCUGGGACAACCUCAAGUUCGUCGACGCCCACAACGCCCGCGCCGACGAGCGCGGCGGGUUCCGCCUCGGGAUGAACCGCUUCGCCGACCUCACCAACGGCGAGUUCCGCGCCACCUACCUCGGCACCACGCCCGCCGGCAGGGGGCGCCGCGUCGGGGAGGCGUACCGCCACGACGGCGUCGAGGCGCUGCCGGACUCCGUGGACUGGAGGGACAAGGGCGCCGUCGUCGCCCCCGUCAAGAACCAGGGCCAGUGCGGUAGCUGCUGGGCGUUCUCGGCGGUCGCCGCCGUGGAGGGCAUCAACAAGAUCGUCACCGGCGAGCUGGUGUCGCUGUCGGAGCAGGAGCUGGUGGAGUGCGCGAGGAACGGGCAGAACAGCGGCUGCAACGGUGGGAUCAUGGACGACGCGUUCGCCUUCAUCGCCCGGAACGGCGGCCUCGACACGGAGGAGGACUACCCGUACACGGCCAUGGACGGCAAGUGCAACCUCGCCAAGAGGAGCCGCAAGGUGGUGUCCAUCGACGGCUUCGAGGACGUGCCCGAGAACGACGAGCUGUCGCUCCAGAAGGCCGUGGCGCACCAGCCCGUCAGCGUCGCCAUCGACGCCGGCGGCCGCGAGUUCCAGCUCUACGACUCCGGCGUGUUCACCGGCCGGUGCGGCACCAACCUGGACCACGGCGUGGUGGCGGUGGGGUACGGCACGGACGCCGCCACCGGCGCCGCCUACUGGACGGUGCGCAACUCGUGGGGGCCCGACUGGGGCGAGAACGGCUACAUCCGCAUGGAGCGCAACGUCACCGCGCGCACCGGCAAGUGCGGCAUCGCCAUGAUGGCGUCCUACCCGAUCAAGAAGGGGCCCAACCCGAAGCCGUCGCCGCCGUCUCCGGCGCCAUCGCCGCCGCAGCAAUGCGACCGGUACAGCAAGUGCCCGGCGGGGACCACCUGCUGCUGCAACUACGGGAUCAGGAACCACUGCAUCGUGUGGGGAUGCUGCCCCGUCGAGGGCGCCACCUGCUGCAAGGAUCACUCCACCUGCUGCCCCAAGGAGUAUCCCGUCUGCAACGCCAAGGCUCGCACUUGCUCCAAGAGCAAGAACAGCCCGUACAAUAUCAGGACUCCGGCGGCGAUGGCACGAAGUGUUCCGGAACAACCUGAUUCAAUCUCUUUUGUAGUUUUGAAUAGGGAAGAUCUAGUAUAGAAGCCUUAUCUUUGUUACUGUUACCGAGUCCUUUAUUAUUAUCGCUCUUUUUUUUUCGCAAGAUGUAUAAAGUCCUAAACAGUUACUGUUACUAUUACUGAAGUUAUUAUCUAUCUUUGGAUAUGAGUUCUCCC